AAGCCAGCGCCAUGUUGGAUCAGUUUGAAAGCGAGCGCGGGCGUCGCGUUCCGCUGUGACGGCGCAGCUGGCUUCGAGCAAGCGGAGCCUGAGGCGGGGCGGUGUCCGGGUCGGGGAUGCUGUAUCGCGUCUCCCGUCCGGUAACAGGCGCAGGCUUUCGGUGGAGAGUUGUGGAAGUGUGCGGUUUUUUUUUUUUUUUUUAUCUCUUUUGGAGACUUCGUCGGUAGUUGAAACUUGUUGCCAUUCGUGUAACAUUUCAUUCUUCGGAAUGAUGGAUUUCCUUUUGGAGAUAGGAGCGGAAGUGUUUACGGAAGAAAUGUUUUUAAGAGAAAUGAAUAGAAAUAACCCAUUUUGAGGAAGCCAUGGCAAAAUCAAUUACAAAACACAGAGUUUGUUCUCGGGAAUCUUCAGUAUCUUCUCUGCUAGCAAGCUGCAGCCUGAGUGGUAGCAAUUCCUCUAACUCUGAUGGCUCUUUUCAAUAUAAGGAUAAACUGUAUAGUUCUGCCUCUCAGGCUCUACAGGCCUAUAUUGAUGAUUUUGAUUUAAGCCAGAUGUAUCCUGGUGCAAACACUGGAAAGAUUAACAACAAUAGGUGUUCUGCUCAUAUGCCAGAAUUCUCCAACUAUAUUUGUAAACCAAACAAUGCUUUUGAAAAUGUUGAUCACAAAAAAAGCUCCUUGUCCUUAUCCUGUAGAAGAAAGACUGUUAAUGACAUAGACUCCAUUAGCCUAACAACUGAUGAUCUAUUAAAACUUCCAGCAGAUGGAUCAUUUUCUUUUGCUUAUGUUGGAUCAAAUCAUCGAAUUAGCAAGAAAAAGAAAAAAUGCAUUGGAAGACUGAGUUCAUCAGAUACUGAGAAGAAUAAACAUUUUCAAGAACCCUUCACUACCAUAUGCAAGGAUAACUUAGUUACUCCCGUUGUAUACACAAAUAUAAAUGGAAAGCAAUGUGGUAGGCUGAAAAACCCAAAACUUGUGAGUAAGACUAAUAAAUGCGUUUCUGAACCAUCUUUACCUUUUUCCAAGAAAUUGUCUUUCGAGGACAGUUCAGAACACAAUCUUGAAAAGAAUUACCCAAGAUGGCUCACUAGCCAGAAAUCGGACCUUAAUGUUUCAGGGAUAACUAGUAUACCUGAUUUCACCUACCCAGUGUGGCUCCACCAUCAAGACUUGCUACCUGAUACAAAUAGUCAAAGGAUAUAUAAAGUAUUUAAAGAAGAUCAGUGUUCCCCUAAACAUAGUUACCAGGCACAAAGAACUUCUCGACUUAUGAAUAAAUUAGAUUGUUUUGAAUACUCUUUUGAACCCUCAAACAUUUCAGAUUCCUUGAAUGAUGAUAAAGGAUUGAUUAAUGAAUGUAAAUGUGAUUCUCAACAUAGCCAGUGUCAAUGUGAGAAUCCAGUUCUCCCAGGACAAACCAAAAAGCCAUUCAGUGGUGACAAAAUUGAAUUGCUUAUCCUGAAGGCCAAGAGAAAUCUAGAGCAUUGUGCUGAAGAGUUACCGAAGUCUAAGAAAAAGGAUGAUAGUCCUUGUUCAUUAGAUAAACUUGAAGCAGAAAGAUCAUGGGAAAAUAUCCCUGUUACUUUCAAAUCUCCUGUUCCUGUUAACUCUGAUGAUAAUCCUCAACAAACUUCAAGGGCAAAGUGUACUAAAGGGUUUCUUGAAGAUUUUUUAAAUGAUAAUCAGAGCUGUACCCUUUCUGGAGGGAAACAUCAUGGUCCUGUUGAAGCCCUGAAACAAAUGUUAUUUAAUCUUCAAGCAGUACAAGAAAGUUUUAAUCAGAAUAAAACUGUAGAUCUGAAAGAAGAAAUUAAGCAAGUUUCAGAAGACAAUUUCUCUCAAUUACAGUUGAAGGAAAGUAUGGUUCCUAUUACUAGAUCACUUCAAAAGGCUUUGCACCAUUUAUCUCGCCUGAGAGACCUGGUUGAUGAUACCAGUGGGAAACAGUCACCGAAAACAUGAAGAGGAAAAUAAAACAUUCCAACCAAUAAAUAGUCACCACAGAACAAAAAUGUAUAUUUUUCCUAUUCCUUAAACUGACAAAGAAAUUAUAACUCAUACAUUAUUCUGUGAUUGGUUCAAAUAUUAUAUGUUUUUUUUAAAAACCAAA